GCCAAGCGAUCAAGAUGUUCACCGCCGCUUUUAAUUAUGAAGGUUACGGAACAUGGUAUAUGUUUGUAACCUCUGUAUAUAACAACAGGGUCUUACGUCAAGGAGUACGGCUUUUGCGCGAGCUCAUGGGGCCAAUCACUCCCGGGAGGGCACUCUGUGUGGUUGGUGAAUUAAUUGGCUUAUUCGGGCCUCCAGCUCCUGAAGUAGCCUAUGCCGCUAUGUAUUUCUUUUUGUUGGAACUCCGAGGACCUGGAGGCGUCUGUGGUUUCGACGAAUUUGUCACUCCUAACCUUUUAGAUAUUGAAAGGUUGAGGGCGGCUUUAAUUGAAUUCGUUUUUAAUAAUUCUACUUCUUGGAGGUGUCAGGUUCCUGCUGACCGACGUGUUUGACGCAGAACUCCCGCACAGCCUGUUGGGUGGGAGCGAGGUUUCAUCCGUGAGCUAACCCCAGCCGAGAAGGAAGAAGAAUAGAGCAGGAA